CCGGCUGGCCUCAGCUGCGGCUCUCUCCCCCCCUCUGCUCCCGCGCUGCGGGUGCUAAGAGGGGGGACCCAAGAAUCCGACACAGGAGGCCGGAGGGAGAACCAUGGGAGGCCGCGGGGGAGAAGCCUGAGGAAGGUUCUCUGAGACCUCCGCUGGCAACCACAGCACAUUUUCAGCAAUCAAAUGCACCCAGAAGGCAAGCUGGCCAAUCAUGGGAAGACGUCCAGCAAUGGUGGCCAAUCACAACCACCAAAUGUGAGCCAAGGACCCAAAGGGACAGGGCUCCUGGGCCCUAAAGCCAAUCAUAUGUCUCCAAGUGGUGUGGGUUUGAAGAGUGGACAGAAUCAAGGUUCCAAUCAUGGUAAAGGUCAAAGAGACACUGCAGAGGAUGUGGGAGACCAAAGGGAGCCAGGGACGCCAUUGCUUAAUACUGAUAACAAAGCAGAGUUACCAACCCGAAGUAAGCGCCGAUGUGUCCUGGAGCGAAAGCAGCCAUACAGUGGAGAUGAGUGGUGUUCAGGACCUGACAGUGAGGAAGAUGAGAAGACUCUCGUGGCUUCCCACAUAGACUCUAAUGCAGGCGAUUCUGUGAUGUCGGCGCCCACGCUUCCAGGCUCAGGACCUGCUUCCCUUCAUGGACUCAAUGACUCCAGUUCUUCCAGCACCCCUCACGGAGUUAACUCAAAUGUUCGUGAGAGUGGGGGACUUGUGGGUCCAUCCAAACCCACAUCACAACUUGUUUAUGUCUUCACAACAAAUAUGGCCAACACGGCUGCUGAAGCUGUUUUACAGGGCCGUGCGGACUCCAUCCUACUUUACCACCAGCAGAAUGUGCCUCGAGCCAAGCUAGAUGAGGCUACUCUGCAGAGGCCUUCAAGUGCACCAGAUCUAGAUGUAGCAGUCUCUACGUCCAGCAUCCCUUCUUCAACUCCUAUCAAAACACAGAACUUGCCCUCACCUGCUAAGAUACAAGCACCUCCUGCUGCAUUAGCAGAAGAUACAGGCCCUGAAGAGGUGAAACAGGAAUUGACCCCCAAUCCAAUAGGCAAUGGUAAUAGCCGCCCUGGAAGUAGCCAUUCCAAUCCUCCACCCCAGUCUGCCGGUCCUUUACCAGGAGUGAACCUAGAACUCGGUGACACAGCACAAGGAAAUGAUGUCACACUGAAUCCAGAAGGACUGUCAAGGGAACAACUUGAACACAGGGAACGUUCAUUACAGACUCUGCGAGACAUCGAAAGGCUUUUGCUUCGUAGUGGGUCGGUCAAUGAAUCCUUUCCAAAGCACACUCAAAGCCCUACUGAAGGCACCCCUCUUCCUCCUCCUCCUCCUCCGCAUCAAACCAACACUACAGCCCCUAUAAAGAAGUAUGAGGAGCCCUUGCAAUCCAUGAUUACACAGACACAGAGUUUGGGAGCCCCUGUUAUAGAACAAGAUGUUGGAGGCACUCAACCUGGUCCUGACAUGGGUCACCAAAUGAGUCUAAUGAUGCAAAGACUAGGGCAAGACAGUCUUACGCCAGAGCAAGCCGCAUGGAGGAAACUGCAGGAAGAAUACUAUGCAGAGAAACGUCGAAAAGAAGAACAUAUGUCUAUACAUGGAAGGGCAGCACCUGACAUAAUGCUCAGGGGGCCUCCUCCACCAUACCAUAGCAAGCCUGGGGAACAGUGGAUUGGCAGUCGGUUACCAUUAGAAGGGCAGGAACCUAUGCCAUUAAGAGGUAGUGGGAUGACAUUCCAGGGCCCACGGUUCCCAGGAAGGUAUGCAGCCAUGCAGAACAUACCUAUGGAUACAAUGAGUGUCUUGCAGAGACCAGCCCGUUGGACUGAGGAAAUCACACCUGUGGGAGGAGGACCAGCUGGAUUUCCACAGGGUGGAAUGGCCUACCCAGGGAAUGGUCAAGGGGAAAUGGAGAGAUUCUUGAAUCCACGUUCUCGUGAUGAACUACUGCGACAACAGCUGAUGGAAAAGCGUCCAGCUGGGAUGCAGAGGCAAUUGCCUACUGGGCAGGGCUUGGAAAUGGAACGAGUAAUGAUGACACAUCGACAGAACGAGCAUUCAAUGUUUGCAGGAGAUGGUAUGGCAGGGGGUCCUGCCAUGGGGAUGGAUUUUGGGGGAGCCAGAGGCAUGCUUAGCCCCACCCUUAGCCAACCAGGAACUGGGAGAGAACUUGACCCAUCAAUAGGAGGUGGAAAUCUUAACAUGAAUAUGAGCGUCAACAUGAAUAUGAACCUUAAUCUUCAGAUGGCUCCUCACCAGCAGAUGCUUUUGUCCCAGAAAAUGAGAAGUGGAGGUGACCAAAUGGGGCCUCAGGGUGUAGUGGGUUCAGAAGACCUGAUGCGUGCAUCACGGUCACAUAAUGGUGGUGGAAUGGCAGGAGGACCUCAGAAAAUAUUGAUUCCUGGUCAGUUUCCUCAGGCGCAGUCAGGGUUUCCUGCAGGGCAGAGUCCAUAUUCCAGUAUCCAACAAGAAAUGAGCAUGGAUAUGUUUGGAACAGAUCAAGGCCCUCUGGGCAACACUUCUCGUCUCAGCCACAUGCCUAUGUCUUCUGCAUCUGGCACCAGCUCAACCAGCAUUGGUCCUGUCCAUAUGACUUCCAGUAGAGGCAUGGGCCGCCGACCUACAGAAUUGACAAUCAGUGUCAAUCAGAUGGAGUCUCCUAUUAUAAGCCACCUCAAGUCUCCUACAAUUGGCCAGGUCAGUUCCCCUAUUGUCUCUUCACCUUCUGCCAACCUUAAGUCACCUCAAACUCCAGGGGCUCAGAUGGCUGGUCUCCCGUCUUCAAACCCAUCUAGUUCUCUUAAGUCCCCCCAGAUGCUGACCUCGUCAAUAAGUGGCCGUUCACCCAGCAACUCCCCAGGAAGGUUAAAAUCACCUCAGCUGACUGUUCCCUCUCCUGGAUGGGUUCCGUCUCCAAAAGCAACUAUGCCCAGUCCAGGUAUUCCAUCAGGCAAGCCAGUUAUAGGAAUUAACCCUACAACGUCUCUUGGUGCAAUAGAACAGGAUGGAACACAUUCUCAGAAUCCCUUAUCCCUAAUGAUGUCCCAGAUGUCUAAGUAUGCCAUGCCUAGCUCCACACCAUUGUAUCACAAUGCCAUAAAAACUAUUGCGACCUCUGAUGAUGAGCUUCUUCCAGAGAGAGUACUCCUACCGCCAGGUGCUCAACAGGGUCCAGGGAUGAACCAACCUAUGUCUCUGCACUUAAACCUAAAUUCUUCCCAGAGUCCCAUGGGAAACAUCAGCCUUCCAGGACAGGCACCUCUCUCCCAUGACACACCUCCCUCUCUUCUCACAUCCCCUGGCCCACCUAUGCACCCAACCAUCGUUCCACCCAUGCAAAACAGCUUGAUGAUUCCAUCGGUGACUCAGGAUCCUUGCUGCCCAGGCCCUAACACACAAAUGAUGUCCUCCAACCAGCUGGUCUUCCCACCACGUGUGCAGUCCAGACCCCAUCAUAAUCCUCCUAUACCCCAGGGUGGAGGGGGCAGUUCAAUGCAGCAACACUAUCCGGAUGAUGUACACACUCAGCCACGUCUAUCCCACAGAAUGUCUGACCCCUAUGGCCCAGGUCUACCCUCUGUACUCAGUGACCCGGACUUAGGAGAUGUCAUCCGACCUUCAGCUAGUGGCAUACCAGAGUUUGACUUAUCCCGAAUCAUGCCCUCUGAGAAACCCAGCAGUACUCUGCAAUACUUUCCGAAGGUUGGUAAUCAGACUCCCAAGCCACAUCCCACCAACAUGCACCUUCUAGGUCUGCAGAACAUGAUGGUUGAGCAGCAUGCAGGCCAUCUAGGCCCCAGUCUUCCAGGAUCACAGAGAACCCUGGGAGUACCUCCUAUGCCCACCAUGGGUAGGACGGGACUGGCGCCUCCACCUCAGAUGGCGCAGCAGAACUUCAUGCUAAUGAAGCAGCGUAGUGUAUCAGGGGAGAUGUACCCACAGAAUGCCCAUAUGCUGUCUCCACAGGGUGCUCUUGGGGGCCACAUACCUGGACAGCAGAGCAUGAUGGUUGGACACCAGAUGAGACAACGCAGCGUAUCCUUGGAUACCUACAUCACAGGAACAGGGCACCUGCCAUUCUAACUGCACAUACUUGCCAGCUAUAGCCUCCUCUGCCAGCAUUUUUUCCAACUUUACCAACUUUUUCUACCAAUAAAAAAAUGCCCUUUGAGUCAAAGCUCCCUUCUUCCCUUUUCAAACUUUCACAGUAGUUACUGCUUCUCUUCUAGUGACCUUGGUUUUCUACUACACCACACCAGAAAACCCUGCUAUUGUAUUCCCUAAUGAUGUAGGAAAACAGCUUUCUUAAAUGUGCCAUGCCCUCCAGUCACAAUGUCUUUUAAAGCAUCCUUUUGUUAGCAUCAUCUCACAGAUGGCCACUUACCAAUUAUACUCAUCUCCUUGCAGUGUUGUCUCUGAAAAGCAUUCCUGUAUGCAAACUGUUAAAAGGUUACUGAUGCACCAGAUAGCAUCUUUUCAAACUGCAUUGUAUAAGCUUUUGUUUAAAACAUACUCUCCUAAAUAUCCAGAAAAUGUACAUACCCUUUACUUUCCCAUUGCCUAAUUUGUCUGUAACUCCAUUCUGUUGCUAAACACAUAUUGCUUCUUCUUCAUGAUCCCUCUCACAUUGCUUGUUCUUUAAGACAUCCAUGUCUGCAUCCCCUUCCCAGUAUGCAUGAGUGACUUCUCUAGCAUCUCUACCAAGUGAACUAUUUCCCACAAAGUCAGCACCUACAUCAUGGUCUCCUUGAGAUUACCCCACUGUAUGUAUAAUAUUGUCUGUUCAAUGACUCGUCGGUCAUAAUAGGGUCUGUCCCUACAUGCACUCGUGUGUAGUGUGGUUACUUUAAUUAUCCCCACUGUUAUGCUUAAUCACAACGCAUUGUACUUAGUGCUCUGUUCACUGAGUUAUUCCUUCAAUCUGUCUAUUCCUUUUUCUGCCUGUGUCUCCAUCUAGUUCCCGCUGGCAGGGAUUGCUUACAUCGUGGCAAAUUGCAGGAAAUCUGAUGCAGUGUCAUAUGUCUGCUCAGUGUGGUCUCCUCUGUAUAGCAUUUUUGUGAGUGUGGCUUUUUUCUUUUUUCUAUUAAAGCAGUGAAAAUGUGCUAAGAUUUUUGAAAAAAUGUAAAUAUAAGAAGUAAAAUGUGAAAGCC